AAAUUUUAAAAAAGAAUAAUUGUAGAAUGUGCUGGGAAUGUAAUAUCUGAGAUAAGGGGGGAGUUGGCCAGAAUAGCCUGAACCCUGAUCCAAUCCCCUCCUAGAAACAGGAUGUCUUUCAUUGGUUCAUUUAGCCCCAACAUAUAAAACACAGGACUGGUUAUUUUCUGAGGUCAGUUACCUAUGGUGCAAGUGGGCAUGUGCUGAAGACUCCAUCUGCCCUGAUCGGCACCAACUCACAAUGAAUCCUAGGCUUCUACUGUCCCUUGCCACCAAUCUAAAGAAUAAUCCCACUCCAUGUAACUUGUGUGCACGGUUGCACCUGAUUCAUGUUGUUAACAAGUGAACAGUGAAUCCUCAAUACAACAAGCAGUUGUAGUUCAUUCCUUUUGGUCUCCAUGCAGGAUUUCAUUGAAUGACUCUGCCACAGUUUACCCAUUCAUGGAUAAAUGGGUGAUGAUGGACAUUUGGAUUUUUCCCAUGAAUUAAUAUUAGAAACUGCUUCUGUGAGCAUCCCUGGACUUGCUUCCUAGAGCACAUGUGCACAAUUUUCUGGACUAGUGACAUUUGAGGAUGUGGCUGUGAAUUUCACCCAGGAGGAGUGGCAAUACCUGAACCCUCUGCAGAGGACCGUGUACCGAGACGUGAUGCUAGAAACCUACAGCAACCUGGUCUCCGUGGGUAAGAAUGGCUUCCUCAGGGCAACAGGUUUCUAAACCAGACCUCAUCCUCAAGUUGGAGGUGGAAGAGCUGUGCCCAGUGGAAGACAGAAUUCCAAUUUGGAGCUUUCCAGAAGUCUGCCAAGUUGGUGAACAGUUUGAGAGCCAGCCUCAGGAUGACCAAGAUCAAUGUCUCCUGAUGCAAGUUGGAUUCCCUGACAAGAAAAUAAUGACCAUCAAGAAUGGCCAUGACUAUAAUGAAUUUGGAAACACACUUCAUCUGAGUACAAGCCUUGGUAUUCCAAUACAAAGACCCCAUAAACUUGAAUCAUUUGGAAAUGAUAUGGUAGAUAAUGUAGACUUAUUUGGUAGGAGCAUUGUAGAAAAAAAACAUGAUAAUGGGUGUGCAAAAUUAUUCUUCCAUACUGAGUAUGAGAAAUCAAAUCCUGUAGUGAAGCCCUAUGGAUAUAAAGAGUGUGGGAAAGUCCUCAGGCGAAAGAAGGGUCUUAGUCUUCAUCAGAGAAUUAAAAAUGGAGAGAAACCAUUUGAAUGUACUGCAUGUCGGAAAACCUUCAGCAAGAAGUCUCACCUCAUUGUCCACUGGAGGACUCAUACCGGGGAGAAACCAUUUGCAUGCACUGAAUGUGGAAAAGCCUUUAGCCAAAAAUCUCAGCUCAUUAUACACCUCAGAACUCAUACAGGAGAGAGACCCUUUGAGUGUCCUGAGUGUGGGAAAGCCUUCAGAGAGAAGUCAACUGUCAUUAUACAUUAUAGGACUCAUACAGGGGAGAAACCUUAUGAAUGUAAUGAAUGUGGAAAAGCCUUCACUCAGAAGUCAAACCUUAUCGUCCAUCAGAAAACCCAUACAGGAGAGAAAACCUAUGAAUGCACUAAAUGUGGAGAAUCUUUCAUCCAGAAGCUUGAUCUGAUUAUACACCACAGUACUCACACAGGGAAAAAACCCCAUGAAUGCCACGAGUGUAAGAAAACAUUCAGUGAUAAGUCCACCCUCAUUACACACCAGAGAACUCACACAGGAGAGAAACCUCAUAAGUGUACCGAAUGUGGGAAGUCUUUCAAUGAGAAGUCGACCCUCAUUGUGCAUCAGAGGACACAUACAGGAGAAAAGCCCUAUGAAUGUGACGUGUGUGGAAAAACCUUCACCCAAAAGUCAAACCUGGGUGUGCAUCAGAGAACUCACUCCGGAGAGAAACCCUUUGAGUGUAAUGAAUGUGAGAAAGCCUUCUCCCAGAAGUCCUACCUCAUGCUGCAUCAGAGAGGUCAUACAGGGGAGAAGCCCUAUGAGUGCAAUGAAUGUGAAAAAGCAUUUUCCCAGAAGUCCUAUCUUAUCAUACACCAGCGAACUCAUACAGAAGAAAAGCCCUAUAAAUGCAAUGAGUGUGGCAAAGCCUUCCGAGAAAAGUCAAAGCUCAUUAUACACCAGAGAAUUCAUACAGGAGAGAAACCCUAUGAAUGUCCUGUGUGUUGGAAAGCUUUCAGCCAGAAGUCCCAGCUCAUAAUCCAUCAGCGAACACACACAGGAGAGAAGCCCUAUGCGUGCACAGAGUGCGGCAAAGCCUUCAGGGAAAAGUCAACAUUCACUGUCCAUCAGAGGACGCACACUGGAGAGAAGCCCUACAAGUGUACAGAAUGUGGGAAAGCCUUUACCCAAAAAUCCAACCUUAUUGUACAUCAGAGAACCCAUACAGGAAAAAAGGCCUAUGGGAGAAGCCAGACCCGGAAGUCAAAGCUCACAGCACACUAGGGAGUAAAGUGAGUGUUAGGUACCCUGAAGGAAAGUUGUGUCAAUUUAACAUUUUAAAUGUACGUUCUGACUUCUGGUUUAAACACAGGAAGUAAAGUUGGCCUUUCUUCUUUUCAUCUCAGUUUUCACCCAAGAGUAACAGGAGAAAAAGAAGCAGAAAUAUGAGCUCCGUAUUUGGCAAAAUUAGGAGACAGCUGCUACCAGAGGCCUCCAGAGGCAGAGGAAUCAAGCCCUAGUGCAGGGCCACAGAUGAGAGGUAGCAUGGGUUAGGACUCUUAGCAGAGGGUCGAGAUACACUCCAAGGAACAGCACCACAGGCAGUUGUAACCAUGGUAACAGAGGGCAUGAGCAGGUAGGAGGCUUUCUAGACCAUUUGGCAUCUGAGAAGAAACAGGCAGGGGCCUCAUUAAGGAGAUAUUCAGACAAACCUUAUUUGCAGAAAGUAACCUGUACUGAUAGGAGGAACCGUUGGGGGCACCUUGGAGAAAAGAAGGAACUUUUCCUUGUGAAGAACCCUGUAUUAUCUCCUGUUUAGUGACUUGGGAAAAGUAAAGUGAAAGAACUAAUGAAUGUGUGUGUGGGCAUCACAUUUGUUAGAAAAACUGAUCUUCCUAAAAUAUAUUCCUGGGAUCUUCCCCAACAUGAACCUCCAGCAAAUAGCAAGUUCAGGAAAAACUUUUCAUUCAGAGAAUGUUUCACAAAAAAUCAAAACCACAAGUGGUUUUCAAGACAUCAGUUCAACUACAAGAUGGACAAAAUGAUGAACACACAGAGGUGUUCAUUGAUGCACUGUUUAUGAAAAGAUUGGAAGCUGUCCAUAUGAAAUCACCACAUUCAGCUUCCCAAAAUUGUGAUGUAUUUGUACAGCAGAUUCCUAAAUAGAAAAAAACUGAUAAAGAAUGAAAACUUGUAUAUCAUUUAUGUUAGUGAUGUGAAGCAACCUCCAAGUUAUUAGGGAAGUAAAGCAAGGCGCAACAUAGUAUGUUGCUGUGUGUAUAUAGAAAGGGAAAAUGGUAAGUACAUAAUUGUAUAUACAUAAACAAUUUCUGAAAAGAGACGCAAGAUGCUGGUAACGCUGAUUACCUUGGGGAAGGGGCAGUGGGUGGCUGGGGGCAUGGAACUGGGAGAGAGAUAGCUGUGUAUCCUUUCAUAGUUUUAAAAAACUGUAUUAUGUGGAUGU